GGCCGAGCUUAAAUUGAAAAAUUGAUAGGUCAAUUAACAUCAUCGCUGGUGUAGACGUAGUCCACUUACCUUAUCAAUCUAUUUAAAUAACGUAUGUUAAUAAAUAUUUUGCCUUCGAGACGUUGAUAUUAUUUAUAAGCUCUCAGUUAUCGUACGGAAGUCGAGUGAACUAGUCAAAUGUUGAAAGUGGACCUGUUCAUGGCUGCGGCCGUCCUGGUCGCAGUUCUUCUGUUCUGUCGUUACGUUGCGAAGAAAUACCAAUAUUUUCUAACAAAACCGGUGCCAUGCGUCAAACCGACCUUCCUUUUGGGCAGCAGUGGGCCAACUAUAUUCCGCAAGGUCGACGUGGCAACCCAUUUCAAGAAAAUCUACGACGUCUUCCCGCAGGCACCUGUAAUAGGCUUCUACGACUUCACGACGCCAAUGUAUCUGCUGCGUGAUCCGGAGAUGAUCAAGAAGGUUAGCAUCAAAGACUUUGACUACUUCACGGAUCAUGUUCCGAUGAUGCCUACCGACGCCGAAAAAGAACACAACCCAGACACCUUAUUCGGAAAUACGCUGUUAUCGUUGCGUGGCCAGAAGUGGCGAGAUAUGCGAUCGACGCUGAGUCCGGCCUUCACCGGAAGCAAAAUGCGGCACAUGUUCGAGCUGGUAGCCGAAUGCGGAAGGUCGCUGGUGGAGCACUUUAAGGCGGAAGCUGCUGCCGGAAGGACGAUGGAACACGAGAUGAAGGAGACGUUUUCGAAGGUCGGAAGCGAUCUGAUCGCGACGCUGGCGUUCGGGAUCAAGGUAGACUCCCUACGCGAACCGGAGAAUGUAUUCUACGCGAACGGCAAGAAAAUGCUGAACUUGAAGUCCUUGGCUACAUUCGUAAAGUUUCUUUUGAUUACGUUUGUACCUCGACUGAUGCGGUGGUUGAAGGUGGACGUUUUGAACGGCCAGUCUGCGGCUUACUUCAAACGAAUAAUCUUGGAUAACAUGGAACAACGAGAAGCACACAAGAUUCUCCGGAAUGACAUGAUUCAGAUUCUUAUGGAGGUUAGGAAGGGCACGUUGCAGCAUCAGAAAGAAGAGAAGGAUACCAAAGAUGCAGGAUUUGCCACGGUGGAAGAGUCACAAGUUGGGAAAUCUUCGCACUCGAGAGUUUGGACGGAGAACGAGCUAGUUGCCCAGUGUUUGCUAUUCUUUUUGGCAGGAUUGGACACGAUCUCCACUUGCAUGACCUUCCUAACCUACGAGCUCACGGUUGAUCCGGACAUCCAGCAGCGUCUCUACGAAGAAAUCACGGAAACGGACAAAUCGCUGAACGGCAAGCCACUGAGCUACGACGUUUUACAACGGAUGCAGUACAUGGAUAUGAUCGUGUCGGAAACAUUACGGAAGUGGCCUCCAGGGGUCAUCUCCAAUCGGUACUGUAACAAGAACUAUCUUUACGAUGAUGGACGUGGAACGCAGUUUGUCAUCGAAAAAGGUCAGGUUAUACUGAUUCCUUCAUACUGUAUUCAACGAGAUCCAAGGUACUUCCCAGAUCCAGAUCGUUUCGACCCCGAACGGUUCAACGAAGCUAAUCGAGCCCAGAUCAACACAUGUGCUUACAUUCCGUUUGGCGUCGGCCCUCGGAACUGCAUCGGAUCACGUUUGGCUCUGAUGGAGGUGAAAUGUAUGGUUUACUACUUGCUGAAAGACUUUGAGCUGAUCGCAACGGAAAAGACGCAAAUUCCUGUAAGCAUUGCUCGCGACUCGUUUGGAUUGCACCCGGAGAAGGGCGUUUGGAUUGAGUUCAAACCCAGAAGCUCUCAAGAUUCUUAAGACGGUUAUCAUUUGCGCAGUGUGGUAUGAAAAUUUCAUCACUAU